AUGCCAAUAGCAACCAAUGGAACUCAUAUUGGAUCGCCUGUAAAAACUCAAGCUCCUGUUCAAGAGGAAGAUGAUGAUAACCGUCGUGAACUUGAACGACCACCUGACGUUAAAGAAGACAUGCGUCAAAUGGGACAACGGCAACGUGUUACAAUGAUAUUGAAUUCAUCGGAAUUUCGCGAUGAACUCGACGCAAUUAUAACUGAUGCACUGAAACAUGGACCACACCCGGCAUCAUUAAUAUCUUUGCAGCAAAUAUCAGAAUUAUUAUUGCCACAUACAUCACGCUGGACAACAGUAUCAUCAUUAUCACGUGCUGGCGGUUCUGUUAUUGUACCUAUUAAUGAUAUACGUGGUGUGGAUUCGACAACUUAUUCGAAGAGUGAGCGUUUACUUCGAUGUAAACUAGCAUCACUCUAUCGACUGAUUGAUUUAUUCGGAUGGUCACAAGGCAUUUACAAUCAUAUAACGGCUCGUGUUAAUCAAGAACAAGAGCAUUUUCUAAUCAAUCCAUUUGGUAUGAUGUAUCAUGAAGUAACAGGUUCAAGUUUAGUUAAAGUUGACAUUGCAGGCAACAUUGUUGAUCCUGGCAGUACAACAUAUGGAAUAAAUCGUGCUGGUUAUACACUUCAUUCAGCAAUUCAUAAAGCUCGACCAGAUAUAAAAUGUAUUGUACAUUUACAUACACCAGCAGUUGCUGCUGUAUCAGCUAUGAAAUGUGGCCUUUUACCCUUAUCACAAGAUGCAUUAUUUUGCGGAAAAAUUUCCUAUCAUGAUUAUCGUGGAAUAUCAAUUGAAGACGAUGUUAAGAAGCUUCUUGUCGAAGAUUUAGGUCCAAUUAAUAAAGUAAUGAUAUUACGUAAUCAUGGCUUUGUUGCAUGCGGUGAAACGAUUGAAGAAGCAUGGAAAUAUGCAUUUAAUGUUAUUAAUGCUUGUGAAGUUCAAGUACGCGCAGCACCUAUUGGCUUAGAUCAAUUAUAUUUGCCAUCAAACGAACAACAAAAACGAAUUGCUGAUGUACUUCAAGGUAAUAUCAAUGAAGCAAGUACUGAUAAAAAAUGGAAAAUAGGUGAACUUGAAUUUGAAUGUUUAAUGCGAAUUUUGGAUAAUGCUGGUUUUCGUACGGGUUAUGUCUAUCGUCAACCAUUGAUUCGUACUAUUGAUAAGAGUGCAACAUUUAAAGAUGUUGAAGUACCACCAGCGGCUUCAUCAGCAACAUCGUUUGUUGAUGCAGGACAAACACAAACUGAACCUUAUUCACCAUCACGUCAAGCUCAAUGUACAACUGAAUGGCGAAAUUCACCAAAUGCUUAUUUAAGGCAAGAAAUUGAAGAAACAGGAACACUAAAUCCAAAAAAAGUUACGAAGUGGGUACCAGAUACUGGUUUAAAACAUUCGACACCCAUUAAAAUUGAUACAAAACAUCAAUUUGCACCAAGUAAUGUUAAUCCAAAAGAACUUAAAAAUCAUCAAAAACAAAUGAAAGAUGAUCGUUUUAAUGAAAAAAUAUCUGCUGGUUAUCAAUCGAAAAUUCUUGAGAAUGUCGGUUGGGAAGAUCUUACGCAAAUGAAAGAGCCGCAUCAAUCGUCGUCAGAACCAAUUGUAGUUGUUGGUGCUGCAUCCAAAGGUAUUAUUAAACGUGACCAACAAAAUAAUGCUAUAGUUUAUAAAUCGUAUUAUGGUCAAAAUCCAUUUGCACACAUGGAUAAUGAUGAAAUUGAAAAAUACAAACGAGAAGUCGAACAAAAUCAAAUACGUCAACAAGGUGGUGAUUCUCAUUAUGAUGAUCAAGUUGAUAGUUUCAAUACAAGCGGCGGUGGCCGAGGUAAGUAA